AAAAGCCUAAUCAUGAACUGGAGCCACGACAGGGCAGGCGUCGUCGUCGUCCUGCCAUCUCUUUAAGGACGUAGCGACUGGCUUCUGUUAGUUGGCUUCGACAUGGCAUAUCUCUCGGGACGGCAGAGGCUGGCGGUGGUCGCCGCGCUGGUGCUUUGCCUGGCGGCAGGCGCCGCCAGAGCGCAGCUGUCGCCGGGGUUCUACUCGGCGACGUGUCCCGCCGUGGAGAGCAUCGUGCGGGCGGCGAUGGUGCGGGUGGUGGGCCAGGAGCCGCGCAUGGGCGCCUCCUUGAUCCGCCUCUUCUUCCACGACUGCUUCGUCAACGGCUGCGAUGGAUCGGUCCUCCUCGACGACACGCCGACGAUGGUCGGCGAGAAGAAUGUUGCCGGGAAUGCGAACUCUCUUCGUGGGUACGAAGUCGUCGACGCCAUCAAAUCCAGCGUGGAAGCAGCGUGCCGCGCCACAGUGUCCUGCGCCGACAUCGUCGCGCUCGCCGCCCGCGAUGCAGUCACUCUGUUAGGUGGGCCGUCGUGGCAGGUGGCGCUGGGGCGGCGGGACAGCCGGACGGCGAGCAUGGCGGCAGCCCAAGCCGAUCUUCCGCCAGCCUCCGACAACAUCAGCACUCUGAUCGCGAAGUUCGCAGCGAAGGGGCUGGACCUGCGCGACCUGACGGCGCUCUCCGGCGCGCACACAGUCGGGUCGGCCAGGUGCGUCAACUUCCGGCAGCACGUGUAUAACGAAGCCAACGUGGACCCGGCGUUCGCGAUGUUCCGCAGGCGCAUCUGCCCGGCCUCCGGCGGUGACUCCAAUCUCGCCGCGCUGGACCCCACCAGCCCCAACCGGUUCGACGUCAGCUACUACCGCGACCUCAUGGUACGCCGCGCGCUGCUCCACUCCGACCAGGAGCUGUUCAACGGUGGGCCGGCCGACGACCUCGUGCGCCUCUACAGCAACAACGGCGGGGCAUUCAACCGGGACUUCUCGGCCGCCAUGGUCAAGCUCGGCAACCUCUCGCCGUUGACGGGGAGCACAGGGGAAAUCAGACUGAAUUGCCGGAGGGCGAACUGAGGCCGUCGGCGAUCGAUUCGACGGACGCUAAGAAUCGUUGCAUAUUUUUAUAUAUUAAUUAAUUGUGAAUUGGGGGACAAUUGCUUGUUGUUAAAUUAUAAAUCUUUUAAUUUAGUUGAUUUAAAUCAUGUAUUUUACUUUUAUUAAUAUUUAAAUCACGCAUCGUAUUUUCAUAUUUAA